AUGGCUUCUCUUCAACUUCAACAUUUAUGGCUAUCUUCUCUCACCAAAAACCGUACUACCCUUUUCUCCUCCAAAACCUCUCCAUUCAAAGUCUCACUCUCUAUCAACUCAUCUAAUGCUGAACCUUCCAAACCCACCUCACAGAACCAACCAGAACCUGAACCGGGCCCUGUGGACCCUGUAAAACUUGCUUUUGAGAAAGCUAAAGUGUAUAGAAACUCCAUUGAAACGAGCAAGAAUGUGAAGAUUGAGCAAAACCCAGUUGAGGAUUCUGGUGGUACUAUAAUUGGGAAAAGUGGGAAAACUAAGGAAGUGUCAGAUUCUGUUAAGCUUGAUAUGGAGAAAGCAAAAGAGUACAAGACAAAUACAGGAGUUGUUGGUAGUGGUGGUGUGAAAGGUGGUUCGGAUGCAAAAACAAAUUCAGGAUUAAAGGGAGGGAAUUUAGGAGGUGGAGUGGUGGAUAAAACUUCGAAGAAGGAACAAAAACUGUCAAUUUCAAGCAUUGAUUUUGUGGGGCUUGAAUUUGCUGAUAAGAAAAAGGGCAGGGGACUUCCUGCUGGAUUAGUUCCAAUCACAGACCCUUUUGCAGAGGGGAAGUUGCCUGAUGUGGAGAUAAUCGUUGGGGACACUACCAAAUUUGAGGAUGCCACUACAUCAAUAUCCAAGCCUACCAAAGAAGAUAAUCCAGAUCUCUACAAGCCAAAGGUUUCUACAUGGGGUGUCUUUCCUAGACCUGGAAACAUUUCAAAGACGUUUGGUGGUGGAAAAACUAUUCGACCUGGAGAUGAGCUUGAAACAGCAGAAGCACGUGCUGCUAAAGAAGAGCACACGAAGAAAUUACUUGCAGCCUACAGGAAGAGCAUUGGCUUAAAUGUUGAUCCAAAGGUGAAAUCAGACUGCGAGAAGGCCUUGAAGGCUGGCGACUCCUUAAUGGAUUCUGGAAAGCUUAAUGAUGCCCUACCCUACUAUCAAACAGUUAUGGACAAGUUGCCAUUUAAGGAAUUAGGAUUAGGCAUUCCUUCUUCUUUGAGUGAACUUCAUGGCUUAGCUGCUUUGCAGUGGGCAAUCUGUCAAGAUUCCUGUAGUAGACCAAAUGAGGCCCGGGCAAUGUAUGAAAAACUCCAGUCUCAUCCAAAUGUUAAAGUGAGCAAGAGAGCAAGGCAAUUUAUGUUCAGUUUCAAGGCCAUGGAGAUGAUGAAGGUUACAGGCUCAAAUUUCUCGACAAACACAGGCUACCAGAACUAUUUUGAGAAAUUUGUUGCAGAUAAAACCAGCUACCCUCAAGGAGAGGCUGAAAUUGAAAUUGGUGUAUUGAAUCAAGCCCUCCCAUAUAUGAUUUUUCUUGUUUCUCCCAUUUUUAUGGUUCUGUUCCUUGCUUUGCGGGGAGGAAAUACAAACUAG